AAGGCGGUCACGGGUGGCGGGGGAGGGCCCGCCGGCUCCGGCCGUUUCGGGGGGCGCACGGCGCCGGGGGUCCCGCCGCGCCCCCAGGGCUGCCCCGCGGGCGCGGCUCGCCUUGACCCGCUGUCCCUCCGUCCCUCCCUCCCGGCAGCGUCGGGGCUGGCGGAGAUGGGGGCGCACUGGAUCCACGGYCCCUCGCCGGGCAAUCCCGUGUUCUGCCUGGCCUCCAGCUACGGCCUGCUGGGCCCGGAGGCCGCCCUCGAGGAGAACCAGCAGGUGGAAGCGGGGGGCCACCCCCCGAUGCCCGCGGUCACCUACGGCAGCUCGGGGAAGGUGCUGAACCCUAAGGCGGUGCGCGAAGCCCGUGACCUGUUCUACGCCCUCCUGGCCUCCACCCGCGCUUUCCAGGGGUCCAAGGAGCCACCGUGGCCCAGCGUGGGCCAGUACGUGCGGGCAGAGAUCGCCCGGACCAUCCCCACGAUGGCGGGGGGGCAGGAGGAUGCGCGGCGGCUGCAGCUGGCUGUGCUCGCCGCCUGCCUCAAGCUGGAGUGCUGCAUCAGCGGGACCCACAGCAUGGACCUGGUGGCCCUGGAGCCCUUCGGCGAGUAUGUGUCGCUGCCCGGCCUGGACUGCACCUUCCCAGGCGGCUACAGCAGCUUGCCCGAGCGCCUGCUCUCGGAUCUGCCCGAGGGCACCGUCCUGCUCAACAAGGCAGUGAGGACCAUCCAGUGGCAAGGGUCCUUCCGUGAGGAAGGGGAAGAUGCCAGGGUUUUCCCCGUCCGGGUGGAGUGUGAGGAUGGAGAUGUCUUCCUUGCCGAYCAUGUCAUCAUCACCGUCCCGCUGGGUUUCCUCAAGGAACGCCACCAGGAAUUGUUCCAGCCUCCCCUUCCCGAACGGAAAGCAGAGGCCAUUCGCCACCUGGGCUUUGGCACCAACAACAAGAUCUUCCUGGAGUUCGAGCAGCCUUUCUGGGAGCCCGAGCAGCAGCUCCUGGAAGUGGUGUGGGAGGACGAGUCGCCCCUGGAGGAGCACAGCGCCGACCUCGAGGCCAACUGGUUCAGGAAGCUCAUCGGAUUCGUGGUGCUCCAGCCACCAGAGCAGCACGGGCACGUCCUGUGCGGCUUCAUCGCGGGGAAGGAGUCGGAGCACAUGGAGACGCUGAGCGACGCCGAGGUGCUCGGCGCCAUGACCCACGUCCUCCGCACCAUGACAGGGAACCCGAGCCUGCCCGCACCCAAGAGCGUGCUGCGGUCCCGCUGGCACAGCGCUCCCUACACCCGCGGCUCCUACAGCUACGUGGCCGUCGGCAGCUCGGGGGACGACAUCGAUGUGCUGGCACAGCCCCUGCCCGAGGACCCCCGCGACCCCCGGCCCCUACAGCUCCUCUUCGCCGGCGAGGCCACGCACCGCACCUUCUACUCCACCACCCACGGGGCGCUGCUGUCGGGGUGGCGAGAGGCCGAGCGGCUCAACCAGCUCUUCCAGGCGCCCGUCCCCGCGCCUCAGGCGGCAAAAUAAACCCCCAUGCUUUGCCCUUCAGUCUCCUUUAUUGAGAAACCUUCGCGCCGRCGGCUUCUUUCUCUCCUC